AUGACCAUUGGCGGCACGGCCGCGGGCCGCAUCGUCAUGGAGCUGAGGUCGGACGUAGUCCCAAAGACCGCGGAGAACUUCCGCUGCCUGUGCACCGGGGAGAAGGGUACGGGCAAGAGCGGCAAGCCCUUGCAUUUCAAAGGCAGCAGCUUCCACCGCGUGAUCCCCGACUUCAUGUGCCAGGGCGGCGACUUCACAGCUGGAAACGGCACUGGCGGCGAGGCGAUCUACGGCUCCAAGUUCGCAGACGAAAACUUCACCUUGAAGCACACAGGUCCGGGCAUCCUCUCGAUGGCCAACGCGGGGCCCAACACAAACGGUUCCCAGUUCUUCCUGUGCACUGUCAAGACUUCGUGGCUUGACGGCAAGCACGUCGUCUUUGGCUCCGUCUCCGAGGGCAUGGACGUCGUGAAGAAGAUCGAGGCCGUCGGCUCCGGCUCGGGCAAAACCAGCAAGCCCGUAAUGAUCGCGGAUUGCGGCCAGCUCGAGUGA